UAGUAAUCAGACUUGACUUGUUGGUUGACUGAGUACUGCACAGUAGGUACCUGUACACUUUCUCCCCUCUGGUCAACCCACCACCAUUUCUCUCUUUAAUCCAAACCCAAAGUAGAUCAAAGGCCUAUUGGUUGCCCUUGCCUACCAGAGUGAGCCAACGAUGAAGAAAGUUGAAGAAAUGGCGAAACAGAAGGCCACCAUUGACAAAAAUGCAGAAUUCAUAGAGCCCAUUUGCUUCUUUGUUACCGUUCUGGACUUCAUGGCUGAUUAUGGUUCCUUCUCAAGGACAUCCAAAGACCCUUCUUUUGAAGAUUCAUGGCUGGGAUCCAACUUCCCACUAUAGAAGUUAGAUUUGAGCACUUACAAAUCGAAGCCGAUUGCUAUGUUGGUACCAGAGCUCUUCCAACACUUCUAAACACUGCAAGAAACAUAGUUGAAUCAGCAUUGGGUUUGCUCAAAAUCACAUUGACUCAGAGAACAAAACAUAAAAUCCUCAGGGCUGUAUCUGGGAUAAUAAAGCCAUCGAGGAUGACCCUUUUAUUGGGUCCUCCCUCAUCCGGCAAGACGACCCUUUUGUUGGCACUGGCUGGAAAGUUGGACCCAAGUCUAAGGGUAAGAGGAGAAGUCACUUACAAUGGACAUCGACGAAAUGAAUUUGUACCAAGGAAGACAUCGGCAUACAUUAGCCAAAAUGAUGUCCACAUUGGAGUUCUUACCGUCAAAGAAACCCUAGAUUUUUCGGCAAGGUUUCAAGGGGUUGGGCACCGAUAUGAACUCCUAAACGAGCUAGCAAAAAAGGAGAAGGAUGCUGGUAUAUACCCUGAUGCAGUUGUUGAUCUUUUCAUGAAGGCAAUUGCUGUGGAGGGAGCCAAGAGCAGCCUCAUAACUGAUUACACACUCAAGCUAUUGGGUCUCGAUAUAUGUAAGGACACAAUAGUUGGAGAUCAGAUGCAACGAGGAAUAUCUGGUGGACAAAAGAAACGAGUAACAACAGGGGAGAUGAUUGUGGGACCAACAAAGGCUUGGUUCAUGGAUGAGAUAUCAACUGGCCUCGAUAGCUCCACCACAUACCAGAUAGUGAAGUGCAUGCAGCAGAUUGCGCACCUGACCGAUGCCACCAUCUUGAUGUCCCUACUCCAACCGGCUCCUGAGAUGUUCAAUCUGUUUGAUGACAUCAUCCUUCUAUCAGAGGGUCAGAUUGUGUACCAGGGUCCACGGGAGCACGCACUUGAGUUCUUUGAAAGCUGUGGAUUCAGGUGUCCACAGAGAAAGGGCAUUGCUGACUUCUUGCAAGAGGUCAUCUCAAAGAAGGAUCAAGAGCAAUACUGGGCAGACAGGAGCAUACCUUACCAUUACAUAUCAGUUACAGAGUUUGUAAGCCGGUUCAAGGCCUUCCAUGUCGGCCUGCAGCUUGAGAAUGAGCUCUUGAUCCCCUAUGAUAAAGACAGAAAUCACCAAGCAGCUCUUGUCUUUUCAAAAUAUACUAUCCCAAAAAUGGAGCUCCUCAGAGCCUCAUUUGACAAAGAAUUGCUCUUGAUCAAGAGACACUCAUUCGUCUACAUCUUCAAGACCGUCCAGAUCUUCAUCGUGGCGCUCAUAACAUCAACGGUGUUCCUAAGGACCACCCUUGAUGUCACAUACAAUGACGGGGCACUCUAUAUUGGUGCGAUCAUAUUCUCCAUGAUCGUAAACAUGUUCAAUGGUUUCGCAGAGCUAUCUCUCACCGUCACUAGGCUGCCCGUGUUCUACAAGCAUAGGGACCUUCUCUUACAGCCGGCUUGGGCUUUUACUAUCCCCAAUUUCUUGCUCAGGAUCCCAAUAUCAGCUUUGGAGUCCAUAGUUUGGACUGUCGUGAUGUACUACACAGUUGGAUUUGCACCAGAAGCUAGCAGAUUUUGCAAGCAACUACUACUAGUGUUUUUAAUCCAACAAAUGGCUGCUGGAAUAUUUAGGGUCAUUGCAGGAGUGUGUAGGAGCAUGAUCAUUGCUCACACCGGGGGAGCGCUUUCUCUUCUCCUCGUGUUUCUGCUAGGAGGUUUCAUCCUUCCACAAGGCCAAAUCCCAAUAUGGUGGAAGUGGGCUCACUGGGUUUCACCUCUAUUUUAUGGUUUUAAUGCCAUGACAGUCAAUGAGAUGCUUUCACCAAGGUGGAUGAACAAAUUGGCACCAGACAAUGCUACGCAGUUGGGUGUGGCAGUACUAGAGAACUUCGGUGUCGUCCCAAAAAAAUAUUGGUAUUGGAUUGGGGUAGUGGCGCUUUUCGGGUUCACCAUUAUCCUCAACGUUCUAUUCACUGUAUCGCUCAUGUACCUAAAUCCUGUUGGGAAGCCUCAAGCUAUAAUUUCUGAAGAAGCUGCAAAUGAGGUACCAUCCAACCAUGGCGUGAAGAAAAAGCAAGAACCUGGAAACAGAUCAAAGCGAUAUACCAACACCGAUGGAAACAAUUCAAGAGAAAUGACAGUUCGGCAAGUAAAUAACCAGUCGGGUGCCAAUGAAGCUAGCAUUCAAGCUUCUGAUGGGGUUGCUACCAGGAGAGGAAUGAUACUAGAAUUCAAACCACUGUCCAUGUCCUUUGACAGUGUAACUUAUUAUGUGGACAUGCCUAAGGAAAUGAAGGAACAAGGAAUUACAGAGGACAGACUACAGUUGCUGCGAGAUGUCACUGGAGCAUUUAGACCAGGAGUCUUAACGGCUUUAAUGGGAGUUAGUGGGGCUGGAAAGACAACACUGAUGGAUGUUCUUGCUGGAAGAAAAACUGGGGGCUUCAUUGAAGGCGAUAUUAGAAUCUCUGGGUUCCCAAAGAAACAAGAAACCUUUGCAAGAAUUUCAGGUUACUGUGAGCAAAAUGAUAUUCACUCUCCCCAGGUGACAGUCAAAGAAUCCCUAAUCUACUCGGCUUUCCUCCGGCUCCCGAAAGAAGUUGAUGAUGAAGAAAAGAUGAACUUUGUUGAUGAAGUGAUGGAACUAGUUGAGCUCGACUCUCUCAAGAAUGCAAUAGUUGGGCUUCCAGGAAUAACUGGCUUGUCAACAGAACAAAGGAAGAGGUUGACAAUAGCAGUUGAGCUCGUGGCUAAUCCUUCCGUCAUAUUUAUGGACGAACCAACUUCAGGUCUUGAUGCAAGGGCAGCGGCCAUUGUCAUGAGGACUGUGAGAAACACAGUGGACACUGGAAGAACUGUUGUCUGCACAAUUCAUCAGCCUAGCAUUGAUAUAUUUGAAUCCUUCGACGAGCUGCUACUACUGAAAAGAGGAGGACAAGUUAUCUACUCAGGACCUUUGGGUCUGAAUUCUCACAAUGUCGUUGAAUAUUUUGAGGCAAUUUCCGGGGUUCAUAAAAUAAGAGAAAAUUACAAUCCAGCAGCAUGGAUGCUUGAAGCAAGCUCUGCUGCAACAGAAGUCCGUCUAGGAAUUGAUUUUGGCGAACACUACAAAUCAUCAUCCUUGUAUCAGCAAAACAAGGAACUUGUAAAGGAAUUGGGCACACCACCCAAAGAUGCAGAAGACCUUCACUUUCCUACACAGUACUCUCAGUCCACAUGGGGGCAGUUCAAAUCCUGCCUUUGGAAGCAAUGGUGGACUUACUGGAGAAGUCCUGGUUAUAACCUUGUUCGAUUCUUUUUUUCCUUGGCAGCUGCUCUUGUGCUUGGCACAAUCUUCUGGCAGGUUGGCACCAAAAGGGAAAAUUCAACUGAUUUAACCAUGAUCAUUGGAGCCAUGUACGUUGCGGUCUUGUUCAUUGGAAUCAACAACUGCUCAACCGUGCAGCCAGUCGUUGACACUGAAAGAACAGUCUUUUAUCGAGAAAGAGCAGCUGGGAUGUAUUCUGCUUUACCAUAUGCCAUGGCACAGGUGAUUGCUGAGAUACCAUAUGUAUUUAUUCAAACUACCUACUAUUCACUCAUAGUUUAUGCGAUGGUGAGCUUCCAAUGGACACUAGCAAAGUUUCUCUGGUUCUUCUUCAUCUCCUUCUUCUCCUUCCUCUACUUCACAUACUACGGAAUGAUGAUGGUUUCAAUCACGCCAAACCAUGAAGUAGCUGCCAUCUUGGCAUCCAUGUUUUAUGCACUCUUCACCCUCUUCUCUGGCUUCUUCAUCCCCAGACUGAGAAUCCCCAAGUGGUGGAUAUGGUAUUACUGGAUUUGCCCUGUGGCAUGGACUGUUUAUGGACUCAUUGUGUCACAAUAUGGUGACUUGGAGGACACCAUCAAGGUGCCUGGAAUUGAACCAGAUCCUACCAUCAAGUGGUAUGUGCAAAACCAUUUUGGGUUUGAAUUGAAUUUCAUGGGGCCAGUAGCUGCUGUUUUGGUUGGCUUCACUGUCUUCUUUGCCUUGGUAUUUUCAUUCUGCAUUAAGGUUUUAAACUUCCAACAAAGGUAGCUGAGGAGAUAUAUGUGCCAACUGGUGAUUCAGAUUCUUGUAAUUCUACUUGUGAAGAAGCCAUUUAAAGAGAAAAGUGGCAGCAAUAAUUUUUUCUAUUUAUUUUUUGGUUUGGUAAAAUAUUCACACACGCAUUUUACAAAUUAAGAGCAAUUAUACUGUUGAAUUUACUUCCUUUUUAAAUUUUUGGUAGCUGUACCUAAAAUUUUACCAUUAUUUUGGACAAAUGGGCAUGUAAUUAAUUAAAAAAGUCUAUUCUUUUAGUUUAA